GGGCGGGCCCUGCGCAGGGCAUCUUGGGAACGCGUGGUUUUCUGGAGGGCGGGAGCCGCCAUUCGCUCGCUUCUCGCUUUCUUCGCCCGUUUUUACGAGUCGCCGGCACCGGAAAGGAAGACAUUGGGCGGUAGCGGAAUUCUCUGCCUGCCAAGAUGUCUAUCGGUGUGCCGAUUAAAGUCCUUCAUGAGGCCGAGGGCCACAUUGUGACUUGCGAGACGAAUACGGGCGAGGUGUACCGGGGGAAGCUCAUCGAGGCCGAGGACAACAUGAACUGCCAGAUGUCCAACAUCACAGUCACAUACAGAGAUGGCCGUGUGGCACAGCUGGAGCAGGUGUAUAUCCGUGGCAGCAAAAUCCGCUUUCUAAUUUUGCCUGACAUGCUGAAAAACGCACCCAUGUUAAAAAGCAUGAAGAAUAAAAACCAAGGUUCAGGAGCUGGCCGGGGGAAGGCUGCUAUUCUGAAAGCCCAAGUGGCCGCAAGAGGAAGAGGACGUGGAAUGGGACGUGGAAACAUCUUCCAGAAACGAAGAUAAAAUUUUGUAUUGAACAGAACUUUGCCCUUAUUUUUUUCUUUUAGGUUAUGCCCUAAGUUUUUUUGUUUUGAUUUGCUUUGUUGUUGCUAUUGUACUCUUUAGACCAGGGGAAAUGCUAAACUAAAUAAAUAUGGUUUAAAUACA